AGGAAGAGCAGGCAAGUGAGGACCUGGACGUGGACGAUAUACAAAUGAAGCGCAAUAUGAACAAGGCCGUCUACUCAAGGAGAAGGCCUCGCAAAGUUGCGACUAAGACCGAGUGUUAUGAGGCCGACGAGCACGCUUCAGGUGGCCGCAGGAGAAGUACACGGCUGGCGCAGGGUUCGCGUGGUUAGUCUCUCCAACAGCAGGUCCACAAGAAGGAGGAGAAACGUCGGCCGUCCCUCACACUGGGAAGCUAGCUCGUCUUACGACGACUCGGACUGGGAUAGAAGCAGCGACGACGAUGGACGCCGAAAGCCCGAAAGAAGAACUUCGAGCAGACUGAAAGUGAAGCUGCAGAAGAACGUUGGGUCGAGGUACAAGGAUUUCCACGUGAGGAGAAACCUCAGCACGGUGCAUCGGAGUCCGAGCAACGUGUCCUGGUUACAAUUGACAGAGGUGGAGCGGACACGCUACAUCCCACAGUAUGGUGAUGAGGUGGUGUACUUCCGACAGGGACAUCAAGACUACUUAGACAACAAGCGGCUCGACGACGAUGGUCCCUGGAGAAGCGUGAAAAGGGAACUGCAAGCGGUCGAGUUCUGCGAGAUCACCGGACUGGAGUACAUCAUUCUCGAAGUGUUGGGGAACACUUCUUGCCGGCUGACUCUCGAGUUCAUGGACGGGCACAGGAUUCGCGGCAGCAGCUUCAGCGUCGACUUGCCGGAGCUGACAGACUUCGCCGACUUUAUAGUGGAGAGAAGCCGCUACGAGGCCUUCAUGGCCAGGAACUGGUCCAGUCGGGACAAGUGCCAAGUGUGGUGGAGGUCGGACGAGGAAGAAGGUGGUCGCUGGUGGGAAGGGACGAUAACUCAGGUGAAGGGAAAGUCGCCCGAGUUUCCAAACAGCCCCUGGGACAGCAUCAGUGUGCUGUACAAGGACGAGCCAUCGACGACGAACCACUGCCCCUGGGAGCUUCACGACGUUGAGAAUCCUUUAACUUGGGAGUCGCCACAGAUCGAGCAGGACAAGGUGCGUGAGCUGCUCAGGUGCUCCACUCGAACCAAUCCAAGGACGAGUAUGGCUUGUGGAGGUUGCAGCAGGCCGUGAGCAAGCCGGAUUUUCUUGACAGGAUUGCGCUACCAAUCUCCAUGGACGUGAUGGAGAACAACUAUUAUCGUAGCGUGAUGGCGGUGUCACACGAUCUUAGGAUACUGAUCGACAACUUCCGGACAUAUUUUGGGAAACAGCAUUCGUCGGUGCUCAAGGUGGAGCGGCUGAGAGAACGCUUCUCUGAGGCACUGCAAAUGUGAGCUUUGUAAAAAAAUUCUCGAGGUCUUAGUUAACGAAGAAUAGAAACAUUUUCCUUACACAUCCA